AUGCGAGAAAAUACAAAAAGUAAUAUAAAAUAUUAUAAAAAAAAAAAUAAAAUAAUUUCAAAAUUUCAAGAAAUACUAAUAUCAAUGAGUAAUAAACUAUAUGUUAAAAAAAAACCGAUGAUGAAAAAAGAAGAUGAAUUAAACCUAAUAAAAGACUAUUUAAAUGAUUUAAAUAGUUGUACUCAAAAAUUAUAUAAUACAAAUUAUUAUAAUACAUUAUCUAAAUAUAAAGAAUUGAAUGAUAAAAAAGAAUAUUCUAUUUCAAACUGUUUAAGAACAAAAAGAAAUGAUGAAGAUCAGUUUAAAAGUAUAGAUUUUAAUGAUUAUUCUACAGAACUUGAUUCUGAAAACAGUUUUUCUGAAUGUUUAGAGGAACAAAAAGCCGAAGAAAGAAAAGAAAAGAAAAAAAAGAAGAAAAAAGUUAAAGAUUUAAAUGAAAAAAACAAAAAAAAAGACAUUAUUUUUUCUUUUAAUAAACAAACAUGUGACAAGAAUAUUACAAAAGAUAGUAGAUAUAAUAAUUGUGGAAUUUUAAAAAUAGAAAACAAAAACAGACUUUUUGACAAUUUGAGAGAUAGUUCAAACAAAGGCAAAUGCAUAAAUGAAGAAGAAAUAUCAUAUAAUAUAAAUGAUUGUUCCACUUCUUUCUAUGAUAACAAAAAAAAAAAAGAAACACUAUCUUUGUGCAAAGAAUUAUCUAAUAAAACUACUUGUGAAAAUGAAUUAAAUACAUGUAAAAAAAAAAUAAAAAAAAAUAAAAUAAAAAAUUCUGAUUAUAAUAGUAUAAAGAUUAAUAACGGAUAUUGUGAUGAUGAAAUAAUUAAAAAAUUUGAUGUCAAUGAAAGUUCUGAAGCAAACAAAGAUAUAGAUAGUGAGGUUUUUUAUAAUAAAGAUGAAAAAAAAAAUAUCAAAUGUAAACUUGACAAAUCUUAUAAAUUUUCAAAUAUAAAGCAUCUAAAAAAUUUUAAAAUAAAAGAUUUAAAAGAGAAAGAACAAAAUAUAAUAUUUUCUAAUGAACGAGAAAAAGAAUUAUUUCAAUAUUUAAUUUUAAAAGCAAUAAAUGAGAUAGAAAGUAUUAGUUGUAAGUUAGAACAUAAAUACAAAAAUGAACUUACGUGUAGAGUAAAUAAAAUAAGAAAUGAAUAUGAACAAAAGAUAAAAGAAUUAUUAAAAAAAAAAGCCUACUUGUGUGUAGAAAGUGAAAGAAUGAUUGAAAAAGAUAAAGACAAUAAAGAGUUAAUAAGGAAAUUAGAAAACACUAAAAAUAUAUUAUUAGAUCAAAUAGAGACAUUAAGAAGAAAAAAUGAAUUGAUGUAUGAUAAAUGUUUUCAAAAAGAGUUAUUUAAAAAUAAAAAUGAGUUGGAAAUAAAAAAAUUAACUGAUCAAAUAGAUUUAGGAAAGAAGCAAAUUGAAGAUUAUGAAAAAAGAAUAAAUAUGCUAAAUGAAGAUUUAAAUAAAAGCUAUGAAAAUUUUUUUUAUUAUCAAAAUAAAUGGAAUGAUUGCGAAAGAACUCUACAUCAAAAAGAGGAUGAAAUAAUAAAAUUAAAAAAUCAGUUAGAAAAAUGUUUGAUAGAAAAAAAUGAGGUUGAUGAAAAGUUAAAAUAUACACAAAAUCAAAAUAUGAAAAUAGAAGAAGACAACGAUUAUUUGAUGAAUGAGUUAAAUAAAACAAAAUUACUAGUUGUAAAAUUAAAAGAAGAGAUUGAAGAAAUUACUCAAAACAAGGAAUACAUGGCUUCUUGCUAUAAAAAUGAAGAAAAAAAGUUGAAAGAAGAUUUAGAAAAUUACAAAACAAAAUGUGCUUUAUUAGAAAAUAAAAAGGGUUCACAACUUUUAGAAGAAAAAUAUAAAAAAAUUGAAAAUAGACUAAAAGAUAUAGAAAAUGAAAAGAGCAUUUAUGAGAGAACAUGUUUAAAAAAUGAAAAAAUACAAAAAGAUUUAGAAAUGGAAAUAAAAAACUUAAAAAAUGAAUUAUAUGAAUGCAAAAAUAAAUUACAUAUAAUGAAUAAAUCUACUAAUUAUAAUUUCCAAAUACCUAUAUAUAAUUCUAAUAUAAAUGAUGAAGUAUUAAAAGAAAAUAUAGAAGUUAAAGAAAAUAAUGAAUUACAAAAAAAUGAUACAGAAAUUUAUAAAAAUGAAACAUUUGAAAAACCGUCUGAUAUAAAACAUAAGAUAAAUUCUUUAGAAAAGCAAUUAAUCUUAAUAAGAUUAGAAAAGACUAAUAGGGAAUCGGAACUAAUAAGGUGUCCUAAAUACGGGAGAAAAGCUGAAGAAAUAAAAAGAAAAGAAUUUUUAGAAACCAGACUCAAAUAUCUUGAUGAUAAAAUAAAUAUGCUUAAUAAAAAUUUAAAAUACAUUAGAAUGAAAAAUAGCACCAAUGCUUUCUAA